AUGGAGAGGGCGGGGGUUAGUGACCAGCUGGCUGCAUGGACCAUGGACUACCUCACUGACAGACCCCAGCAUUUCGAUGACCUCCUGGCCCGCGUCAGCGCCCGCAUCACCUACCAGGACACCAACUACAGGCGCUCCAUUCCAGCAGACGAGCGUCUGUCCAUCUGUUUGCGGUUUCUUGCCACUGGGGAUUCUUACUGCACCAUUGCCAACAGCUUCAGGGUCGGCGUCUCCACAGUCUCCACUAUCAUCCCAGAUGUGGUGACAGCCAUUUCGGAUUGCCUAGCGGAGGAGUUUAUGGCCGUGCCUGGAGCAGCAGAGUGGAGGUCCAUUGCUGAGGAGUUUGAGGAGCGUUGGAACUUCCCACUGUGCUGUGGUGCUCUGGAUGGGAAGCAUGUGAAGCUGAGGGCACCUCCAAACUCUGGCUCUCUCUUCUUUAACCACAAGGGGGACCACUCCAUCGUCCUCCUUGCUGUCGUGGAUGCCAGGUACCAGUUCCGCAUCAUAGAUGUUGGAGGUUAUGGUCAAACCAGCGACGGGGGGAUCUUGGCCAACUCCACCUUUGGUCAAGCCCUUCGCGAAGGCAUGCUCCACCUGCCUCAGGAUCUGCACCUGCCAGGAGCUGACCACAGACACCUCCAGCCUCAUGUGUUUGUGGCAGACGAGGCAUUCCCCCUGCGCAGAAACCUGAUGCGGCCCUUUCCAGGACGUGGUGGUCUUACCCGAGAGCAGCGCGUCUUCAAUUACCGCCUGUCCCGAGCUUGGCUGGUGGUGGAGGAUGCAUUUGGGAUCUGGUCAGCACAGUGGAGGGCUUUUCGAGGGGCUCUUGAAAUUCUCCCUGAAGUUGCAGAGAAGUGUGUGAAGGCCACCUGCGUUCUCCACAACUUCAUGAGGCCUGCUGCACUUCACCAUGUACCAGCGUAG